AUUUACAUUUCGCAAUUGCGUGUUUCCCAACACUGUAAGAGAUAAAAACCUAAAGAAAAAUAUUCAUGCAACACAAAUAUAUAUCUAUGUAUAUAUAUAUAAUAUGGAAUUGGAUCAAUAAAGGUCGAACGGCUAUCAUUAAAACUAUCCACUAAUUGGAUUUUAACCAAGAACGCAGGUGACGGGAAACGCUCUGCUGCGGAAGUCAGAAAAAUAAACUGGCAAACGUGAAGAAACAAAUAUACAGGGAAAACAGAAACAUCAAAAUGAAAUCGACGGCAGCAGCAAAAACGCGGCUAACCAGUCUCACCGAAGACAUAUCCAUAAUACCCGAGGAUGCGCCAUAUCGCAGCCGCCUCCACUACCUGUUUGCCCAAAUCGAGAAGGAGUUCGAGCAGCUCUACUUGGAGAACCUCAAUCUUCAGGAUAAGCUGGAAAAUGCCACCGCAAUUACCAAAGAGUCACUGACACCGUACGAUCAACGUUCCGCAGCAGGCGGAGCGCUCGUUGCCACGGGCAGUGGUGGCGCCUCGCUAGCAGCCACGCCUGCUACGCCGUCCGCCCCGCUGGGCGACGAAAUUGGUGCCAGUCUGCUAGCAGCUGCCUCCAGCACACACAAGAGUCUCAAGGCUAAACUGAGCAGCGCCACAGGUGGCAGCAAGGUGAAGGCCAGCAAUAAAAUCAAGGCACAGACCAGUCGAAUCGUCUCCAGCUUCAAGGCCCAGACGGUGGUGAGCUCGGUGGUGCGCGAGUUUGGCGGCCACAAGGAUGGCAUUUGGCAGGUGGCUGCCAAGGUGGGUCAGCCCAUCAUUGGCACAGCGUCCGCUGAUCACACCGCUUGCAUUUGGGGCAUAGAGAGCGGGCGCUGCCUGUUGCAGUACCAGGGACAUGCUGGAUCCGUCAACUCCAUUAAGUUCCAUCAGUGUCGGGAUCUGGUUCUAACCGGUAGUGGCGAUGGCACCGCACACAUCUGGCAAGCAGCCGUCAACUGGGAAGUGCCCAAAAAAGGACACUCGUCAGAGGAAGAGCUUGAUGAUAGUGACGGUCAGCUGGAGGAUCGCGAGCGUGUAGACUCCUUGCGUACGCCACUCUGUGAGUUCACCGGACCCGGUGGGCAUCUCUCAGUUGUGGUCGCUGCUGAUUGGCUUUCGAGCAUGGAUCAGAUUAUCACUGGCAGUUGGGAUCGCACGGCAAUACUGUGGGACGUGGAGACGGCGCAGCCGCUGCAACCGCUGACCGGCCAUGAUCAUGAGCUUACCCAUGUCUCGGCACAUCCCACACAGCGUUUAGUUGUGACCGCUUCACGUGAUACCACCUUCCGUUUAUGGGACUUCCGCGAUCCGAUACCCGCCGUAUCCGUCUUCCAAGGCCACACCGAGACGGUCACCUCGAGCGUUUUUGCGCGCAACGAUAAAGUCGUCUCGGGCUCGGAUGAUCGCACCAUAAAAGUGUGGGAGCUGCGCAAUAUGCGCUCCGCGCUUGCCACCAUACGGACUGAUUCCUCCGUAAAUCGCUUGGCUGUCUCCAGUGGCGGCAUCAUAGCGAUACCCCACGACAAUCGGCAGAUCCGUCUCUUCGAUUUAAAUGGACAGCGAGUGGCUCGCCUACCGCGCACCAGUCGACAGGGACACAGACGCAUGGUCUCAUCAGUGGCCUGGUCGGAGGAGCCGGUCUUAAAUUGCGAUCUGUUCUCGUGCGGCUUCGAUCGGCGCGUAUUUGGCUGGUCCAUAGUCUUACCAAAGGAUAAUUGAAAAUUAAUCAAACGCUGAGCUGCAUUGCAGACCAAAAAUAUAAAAAAUAAUACGAUUUUAAAGCUUUUA